GGGAAGAGGAGGAAAAAAUAAAACCCAUGAAAAAAACCCCAGAUGAGCGUUAGAGGGGAGAGAAAAGCCGGAAAAAUCAUAAAAUAGAGGGGUGGAGGGGGGGGGAGAGGGAAGGACGAGAGAGGAGAGGAAAGAGCAGGCAGGGGACGGAGGAGGGGGUGGGCUGGCAGGAGCGGAGUUGCCUGGGGAGAAUGUGAGCAGGAGGCGCUGGAAAUGCUCUCGUUGAAGGUGGCGAGCGGUGCCGAAGGCUCCGGGACCCCCGCGGCCGGCCAAGAGGCAGCCCCGCCGGACGGCAGGAGCCUCCCCAGGCGGGCGGGCUCCGAGGGGCUUGGAGCGCAGCAGCCGGCGGCAGAUGGGAGCUCGGUCGCACUGGAGAACGGUGCCAGCCCGGCAGCAGAGUGGUUCCCGUGCACCCAGGGCUCGGGUCCCUGCCAGCCUGGCAGCGACGGUGACAGCAGGAGCUUCAGAGUGAACCUGCACUGCAAGCACCCGCGCACCAGAGAGCUCAAGUGCAAUAGGAGGAGCAGCAGCAAAGCCGAGGGUCCCAGUGCCACCUUCCCUGACCCCCAUGUCAGCAACUGCUCGGCCAAGCGUCCCGCGGGGGAGGAGGAGGUCAGGAUGCGUGUGAAGCCCCCGGGCCCAGUGGUAACGACCAGCGUUGUCCGUGGCUCCCCAGACUACGUCCGAGAGCCCAAGUUCUACCCGCCAGGACACCCGGCGCAGCGGCCCCCCGCGUGCCCGGCGGAGAAGGCCUUAUCCUGCAGCGUGCUGAGCUUCCCUGAGGGAUCGUGCCGGGAGCACCAGGCAGGCUCGCUGCUGCACGGCGACCCGGCCGACCGGUGCCAGAGCGUGCAGGGAGGCACCAAGGCAGCAGAGGACUUGCUGGGCUGUGCCGGCGAGCCCCGGAUCCUGGGAGGGAGCACAGAGGAAGCAGCCGCCCGCAACCGGGCACCUAAAACCUUCCCCAACGUGACACUGGCCUCGGGCCGCUGCAACAUCGACAGCAUCCUCGCCUUGCUGCGGAGCAAGUGCGGCAACGGGCACAUCAACCUCCACCCCGUGGUGCAGCUCAUCGACAUCAUGAAGGACCUCAACCGCCUCUCCGAGGACCUCAAGAGCAGUGGGGUGCACCUCGCCUGCGGCAGCCUCCGUGGUGGUGGCGGCAGUGGUGGUGGCCAUGAGGACAGCCGCCUGCUGCCCGCCGACCGCGACCUCCAGUACAGCUUCUUCUCCUCGCCCUCCCUGGCCAACAGCAUCCGCAGCCCUGAGGAGCGGGGGGUGCUGUGCAAAACGGAGCCGCCGCGGCACCCCCGGCCCCCAGCCCACGAUGGAGAAGCUGAUGGUGGUGGGGGAAGCACCUCGCAGCCCCCUGGUCACAGCAGGAACGUUGGUGGAGCCUCCAAAGCACCCACAGAGGAAGCCGGCUGCUCCCAGCCUGAUGCUGGUGAUUACUCGGACCUGGCCGAGGCGGACAUCCUGAAUGAACUGGCUUCCCUGGCGUGCCCGGGGACGCAGCUGCUGGAGGCACAAGCGAUGGAGCCGCAGCCCCAGUUGCUGCCAGCCCAAGAGCUGGAUUCCCAAUCCCGGCUGCUGGAUUCCCAAUCCCUUGAGUCGCAGCCGCAGCUGCUUGAUUCGCAGAGCCUGGAGCCGCUGCCGGAGUCGUUGGAGCUGCAGAACCUGGAGCCAUUGGGGUUGCAGUCGCUGGAGCCACUGUCCGAGUCUCUGGAGCUGCAGUCGCUGGAGCCUUUAUCCGAGUCUCUGGAGCUGCAGUCACUGGAGCCGCUGGCGGAGCCGCUGGGGCUGCAGACGCUGGAGCCACUGCCCGGAGCGCUGGAGCCGCCGCUGCUUGAUGCUCGUGCUCCGCUGCUGCCCGCAGAGCCCGCGCUGAUGGAGACGCAGCCACUGGGCUCCAUGUCGGAGCUGCUGGAGGCCCAGCCGGGCACCGGGGACCCGCUGCGGCUGCAGCCCCGGCUCGGGGGGUGUCCCCUGGGCAGCGUGGUGAAGCGGGGUCCCUGCGGGGGCCGGGGGGCCGGGCGCUGUGGUGAGGACCACCGCAAGUACGCUCUGCGCCGGACAGACAAGCCAAAGAUGUUGUGCCGCCGGAGGAGGGCAGGGCGAGGGCGCCGCGUGGACGUCACCCCCGAGAGCCGCGGCUUGUCCCCUCUUGCCCUGCCCGCCGAGGUGCCCCCCGGGCCCGAGGAGCCCAGCACCCCAUUGCUGGCCCCAGCGCCGCUGCCACCUGCCACCACUCUGGACCCUGAUGAGGUGCCCAAGGCCCCCGCGAUGGGGAAGAAGAGCAAGUGCCGGGGGGUGAGGAAGAUGGUGGUGAAGAUGGCCAAGAUCCCUGUGUCCUUGGGGAGGAGGAACAAGACGACCUACAAGGUGUCAUCGCUCAGCAGCAACUUGAACCUAGAGGGCAAGGAGCUGGCUGCCAGCAGCUCCAUGGAGCCCACGCCGCUGCUCAAGAUGAAGAACAACGGGCGCAAUGUGGUGGUGGUCUUCCCCCCAGGUGAGAUGCCCAUCAUCUUGAAGCGCAAGCGGGGCAGGCCUCCUAAGAACCUGCUGCUGGGUCAAGCCAAGCCUAAGGAGCCCACCCCGGAGGUGAAGAAGAGGAGGAGGAGGAAGCAGAAGCUUGCCUCCCCCCAGCCCUCCUAUAUUGCCGACACCAACGACAGCAAAGCCGACUACUCGGACGUGCUGGCCAAGCUGGCCUUCCUCAACCGGCAGAGCCAGUGCUCGGGGCGCUGCUCGCCACCGCGCUGCUGGACCCCCAGCGAGCCCGAGUCCAUCCACCAAGCCCCCGACACCCAGAGCAUCUCCCACUUCUUGCACCGCGUCCAGGGCUUCCGCCGGCGCGGCGGCAAAGCGGGAGGCUUCGGCGGGCGCGGGGGGGGCCACGCUGCCCGCGCCGCCCGGUGCUCCUUCAGUGAUUUCUUUGAGGGCAUCGGGAAGAAGAAGAAAGCCCCCAGCGCCCUCCACGCUGACCCUGUGCACCCGCGCAAGCGGGGCCGCCCAGAGCCCGACCCCGUGGGCAAACCCAAGCGGAAGCGACGGGCUCGCAAGAACGGGGCUUUGUUCCCCGAGGGCAACCCCGGGCAGAGCUUCGCUGACGGCCCCACUGAGUGGGGUGCCGGGGGGGACAAGGGCAGCCCCUGGGCACCCCACCAUGGGCACCCCAGCAGCCAGCCCGGCCGCAACGGUGGCUACCAAGGGGCCGAGGCGAGACCCUUCCAUGCUGCUGGGCUGGAGUCGGGCUCCUCCGGCCGGGCUGGCUUCUAUGGCGGGAGCGCGGUGUCCUCGCAGGCGGAGGCUGGUCCGGAGCGGCACAGUCUCUUCACUGGGUACUUCCGCUCCUUGCUGGACUCCGAUGACUCCUCCGACCUGCUGGACUUUGCCCUCUCGGCUUCCCGCUCCGAAUCCCGCAAGUCGGCGGCUGCCUACACGGCUCCACCGGCGGCUCUGCCAGGGCAGCGGGGCCUGGCCGCGUACCCGGCGCGCGGUGGCAAAGUGGCAGCGGCCACCCCCGGUGCUGAGGCUGCUUUCCAUGCAGCCAUGCAGGGCCGGCCCGCAUUCCCACCCGGCCGUGCCGCUGCCAGCGCUGGCUAUGGUGUGGCCCAAGGGUCAUCGGAAUGCCGGGGUGCCGAGGCAUUCCCAAAGCUGGCACCACCCUCGGCUGUAUCCCGGUCACCCACUGCACACCCAGCGGCCAGUGGCGCUCCGGGUUACUCCCCAUACAGCAGCUACGGCGCUGGGCAGAGCGUGGCACCAGCCAGCGUGUUCCCGCCGGGAAAGCAGUACCCAUCAGCGCAGGAUUGCCCCAACAGCAAGGACUGCAGCUUUGCGUAUGGCAGCGGCAGCAGCCUCCCGUCCUCGCCCAGCAGUGCCCACAGUGCCGGCUAUGCACCACAGACAGCAGGUCCGAGCCUGCCGCUGGGCAAAGCCGCCUUCUUCAACAGCGCCGAGCAAGGGGGGCAGUUCUCCAGCGCGGCGCACACCCCGUUGCGCUGUGACAGCCGGGCCAGCACCGUGUCACCCGGCGGCUACAUGGUGCCCAAAGGUUCAGCUUCCUUCCAGCCUUCACCCGAAAACUGCCGGCAGUUCCCCAGCGCUGCGCCAUGGGCUUUCCGGCAGGGCUACAGUGGGUUGGAUUGGAGCUCGGAGGCCUUCAGCCAGCUCUACAACCCAGGCUUUGAGUGCCACCUCAAUGAGCCCAAUGUCAUCCUGGACAUCUCCAACUACACCCCGCAGAAAGCCAAGCAGCAGACGGUCUCGGAGACCUUCUCCGAGUCCUCCUCCGACAGCACCCAGUUCAACCAACCGGCCAGCUACCGGCGCACCAACAGUGAGGCGUCCUCCAGCGAAGGCCAGUCCAGCCUUUCCAGCCUGGAGAAGCUGAUGAUGGACUGGAAUGAGGCGUCUUCCGCCCCGGGCUACAACUGGAACCAGAGUGUCCUCUUCCAGAGCAACUCCAAGCCCGGCCGAGGCCGACGGAAGAAGGUGGACAUGUUCGACACUUCCCACCUGAACUUCUCCUCCUCUUCCUCCUCCUCCUCCGUGUACCCCUCCAAGAGGAGCACAGGACCCCGGCAGCCCCGGGGCUCCCGGGGGGCUUGUGCCUCCAAGAAGGAGAGGGGAACGGGCAAAGCCAAGUUCCACACCAAGUCGCAAGCGGUCAACCCCCUCUUCCAGGAGAGCACGGACCUGGGCUUGGACUACUACAGCGGGGACAGCAGCAUGUCCCCCCUGCCCUCCCAGUCCCGGGGCUUCGGGGUGGGCGAGCGGGACCCUUGCGACUACGCCGGCCCCUAUUCCAUGAACCCCUCCACUCCCUCGGAUGGGACCUUUGUGCAGGGGUUCCAGAGCGAUUCCCCUGGCUUGGGACAGCCGGAUUUGGAGAGCAAGCACUUCCCUGCCCUCCCGCACCAGCUGGCAGCCCCCGGCCAGCAGACUGUCUUUGAGGCCGGCUUGCAGAAAGCCUUCUCGCCCAACUGCUCGCCGACCUUGGCCUUCAAGGAGGACCUACGGGCGGGCAACCUCCGCAAGCUGCCCGCCUGCGACUCGCUCAAACACAGCAUGCAGGGGGGGGCCCUGCCGCAGGCCCCGCACUUGGCUUGCCGUGAUCUCCCCAUGCCUCAACCGCACUACGACUCCCCCAGCUGCAAAAACCCCCCGUACUGGUAUUCCCCCAACGCCAGCACCCGCAGCCCCUCGUACGAUGGCAAAGCAGGGGCCGGAAUGCUGGUAGACUUCAUGGGCAGGACGGACCCCCAGUGUCUGAACCCCCACUUGAGCAGCCCCAGCAGCACCCACCCCUCCAAGGGCGAGAAGGAGCCCUUGGAGAUGUCGCGGGCUCACCACCGAGGUCCCUACGCUUGUCCCUUGAUCAAUGACUUGAACAUCUCCCCCGUACCGAGAGACUCAAUGCUGCAGCUGCAGGACAACUACAGGUACCCCAGUUUUGCACCCCAAGGGCACCCCGUCAUGGCCCCCACCCAGAAGAGCGGGCUUUUGGGACCCAUGGUAGAGCAACAACACCCCGAGGACACUUUUACGGUCACCUCAUUGUAGUGUCUGCUGACGUGCCAACCGGACGACGAGGUUUUAUUACAGGAGGUAAUUUAGCCAGCACUUUUUUUCUGGAACGCUUUUCAAGUUCUGUAUUUAACUGGGAUUGGAACCGUUUGUUUGUUUUCUAUAAAAAAACACCAAAAAAACACCAAAAAAAAAAAAAAAAGAAAAAAAAAAAAGAAAAAAAAAGGAAAAAAUAUUUAAAAAGAUCAAAAAUAAGUGAAAUGAAAGGAUAAAAAACAUUAAUAACGGACGAAGAGCAAACCCCCCCCCCCCCGGUGUUCUCCCCGCUCCGCACUUAAUCCCGCUCCGCCUGCCAACUGCCUGGCUCUGCUUCCCGGCCAUGCCGCCCUCCUCCCGCCCCGCAGCAGGACAAUCGCAUGGAUGGACGGACGGAUGGAUGGAUGGAUGGAUGGCGCAGCCCCCACCGAGCCCAGGGGCGCAGGCGGGGCGCAGGCAGGAGGUGGCUGUGGGGGUCAGCAGUGGGUGCCUCCUGCCUGCUGCCCAGCCGGGGGACAAGGGCAGCCCCUUGGCUGCCCCCGGGGGGCCGCUUUGGGGAUCUUUUGUUUCUUCUUUCCCCUCCCCGUCCACUCCCUCGCCGGGGUGUUUUCCGUGCCAGAUGGAUGCCAAUGGGUGUUUGGGAGCGCUGACCCCCACCAGGCUCUGGCAGCUUUGCCAGCGGGGCUCAGAGAUGCCACCGUCGCCCGCCACAGCACCCAUCCCGGCUGCCGGAGCAGAGAGGAGAGGACAGGAGAGGAGGGCACUGCCGGGGGGGGUACCCCGGCCCCGUGCCCCCCGCUUGGCCCCCGCCUCGGCCGUGGCGCCGGCGCCGCGUUCUCUCUCGGAGGGGACUCUUUUAACCGUUUCCUUUUGGGGUUUUUAUCGGAGGGAAUUUUCAUUUUCUGCACAAAACCAGCAAUUGUAAAUACUUUUGAAGAAAAGCUUAAAAAAAAACAAAAAAAAAAAAAAAAAGUUUAAGGAGAAAAGAAAUCCUAAAAAGCUGAAAAUUCACAUUAAAUACUAAAAGACAGAGCCACGCACCAGACGGAGAAGCCUAAAGUGAGACUAGCAAUGGAGCGGCCGAGAGGUGAAUAUGCAGGAGAGAAGAGCAAAAACCCACCCGUAUGCACUGAGUAAAGAUUUAUUUACAGCUCAAUCGACAUAAAAAGAAAGACAAAAAAAAGGAACAAUAACCUAUUUAUUGUAUAUAAUGUUUUAUUAUAAAUCGUGUCUUGUAUAUUGCA